AGACACACAUCAGCACUUAUAGCAGUGAGUUAGUUAUAACAAGAGAAGCGGAUGAUGACAACUUCACACCCAGGUUCCUGAAACUCAAACACUGAUAAAUUACUCUUGGAGAAAAACAGCUAUUUAACAAAGAAUAUCUCUAUGGCGGUACUUGAAUUCUGAUAUUAUUGGACGCUUGAAGAGACAUUUCAUAAUUCAAGAGGAAAAAAUGGGAUGUAACUGCAGUUCGGACUAUUCAGACAGUGAAUGGAUUGAGAAUUUGGACGAAAUCUGUGAACACUGCAACUGUCCCAUCUCUCCCCAGUCAUGCAAUCCAUACACAGACCAGCUGAUUCCAUACCCAUCACAGCAUUCACCUCCUACAUCUCCAUUACCAGACAACCUUGUGGUGGCCAUAUACAGCUAUGAACCGAACCAUGAUGGUGAUUUGGGCUUCGAGAAGGGAGACAAACUCAAGAUCAUCAACAAGGACGAUCCAGAAUGGUACUUGGCAGAGUCUCUCACCACAGGCCAGCAGGGCUACAUCCCAUACAACUUUGUUGCAAUGACCACAGUGGAGACUGAACCGUGGUUCUUUAAGAACAUUUCUAGAAAUGAAGCCAUGAGGCUCCUCCUCGCUCCUGGGAAUACGUUGGGUUCCUUCCUGAUUCGAGAGAGUGAGACAAACCCAGGUUCAUACUCCUUAUCAGUCAGGGAUUUGGACCAAAACAGUGGGGAAGGAGUCAAGCACUACAGAAUUCGCAACAUGGACAAUGGCGGCUUUUACAUCACAGCCAAGAUAUCCUUUAACUCGCUGAAGGAGCUUGUCCAACAUCACUCACGUGAUGCAGAUGGUUUGUGCACAAAGCUGAUGAAGCCAUGUCAGUCAAGGGCACCACAGAAGCCCUGGUGGCAGGAUGAGUGGGAGAUUCCCCGUGAAUCCCUGAAGCUGGAGCGCAAGCUUGGAGCAGGACAGUUUGGAGAAGUUUGGAUGGGUGUCUACAAUAACGACAGGCGAGUGGCAAUUAAGAACCUGAAGAUGGGCACAAUGUCAGUGGAAGCCUUCCUGGCAGAGGCCAACAUGAUGAAGAACUUGCAGCAUCCACGUCUCGUCCGCCUCUUCGCUGUUGUUACACAGGAGCCAAUCUAUAUUGUUACAGAGUACAUGGAAAAUGGUAGCCUUGUGGAUUACCUAAAAACAACAGAGGGAAGCAGUUUGCCCAUGAACACUCUGAUAGACAUGGCGUCUCAGGUGGCUGAUGGCAUGGCCUUCAUUGAGGAGAAAAAUUACAUUCAUCGAGACCUGAGAGCAGCCAACAUUCUGGUGUCUCAUGAACUCAUCUGUAAGAUUGCCGACUUUGGACUGGCCAGACUGAUCGAGGACAACGAAUACACAGCAAGAGAGGGUGCAAAGUUCCCCAUCAAAUGGACUGCCCCAGAGGCUAUUAACUAUGGCACCUUCUCCAUAAAAUCAGAUGUGUGGUCAUUUGGGAUCCUUCUGACAGAAAUAGUGACAUAUGGACGCAUACCAUACCCUGGUAUGUCCAACCCAGAGGUUAUCCAGAACCUGGAGCGAAAUUACAGAAUGCCGAAGCCAGACAACUGUUCAGAUGGGCUCUAUAACGUCAUGUCCCUGUGCUGGAGGGAAAACCCAGAGGACAGGCCCACAUUCGAGUACCUGAGGAGUGUUCUGGAGGAUUUCUUCACUGCCACAGAGAGGCAGUACCAAGAAUAGCCCUGAUGGGGCAAAAAGACACACAGACAUACAAUGAAUAUACUCAAACUAAAGCCUGUGAAGGUGGAUGCUGGAUUUUAUUUUAUUUUUUUGUUUACUGAAGAGUUUAUGUUUUAUAUGGAUAGGGUAAUAACUGAGAUUUCUUUUUUCCCCUGUAUCAAACUUAUUCUGAAGUGUCCUUUUUAGAUAUAAUACAGUCACACAUGGAGGCUGAAACUCUUAUAACAGCUGGAUUAGUCAACAGCAGAAAGGAGAGUGAUCACCAUGCUGCUUGAAUAAAGCUGGGAACUGUAUAAUGUAGCUGAAUAAGUAGCUGGUGCUCAUUAUUAAUAUGUAAAUACUGUCUAACUGCUUUAGCUGUGUUUUACCUCUUUAAUAAAUGUUUGAAUUUUUAUUUUUUACUUGCAGUAAAAAAAAAAAAAACUUGACAUGGAUGUUGGAUCUUGUUGUUUAUAAAACAGAAACCAUAUCACCUACAAUGAACCACCUUUAGCUAGAAUAUACUGUGUGAUAUGUUUCAUAACAUACAAAAAAUGCUCAAAAUUUGUAUUUGUAUAUUUAAAUAUUUUUAUCAAAUUAAAUCACGGUACAUUGUG